UUUCCUUCGCUCCAUAGAUGCUGCUGCACCCGCUGAGUUUCUCCAGCAUUUUUGUGUACCUUCUCUCAUUCUCUCAAAGAGGCUGCAUUCUCUGAAACUGCACAAACUACGAGCUCCUUCUUGAUUCGUGGAAUUAGCAGAUCCUACAUGGCCUUAGCUGGUCUACGCUGAAUUUACAGAACAGGAAUGGAAGCAAAUCAUUGAUUGGGAAAGACUGAGAAGAAUGAGGAAUGGCAGACUCAAUGAAUGAGGUUGUACAUACUUCACCUACAAUUGGCAGUAAUGUAGAAGAAAUAGUAGUGAACAAUACACAUUUUCUAAUGUGGGAUAUUGGAGGUCAGGAGUCGCUGCGAUCAUCAUGGAACACCUACUAUACUAACACGGAGUUUGUGAUCGUGGUUGUAGACAGUAUGGACAGGGAGAGGAUAGCUAUAACCAGAGAUGAACUCUACAAGAUGUUAUCACAUGAGGAUCUGAAGAGAGCAGGGCUGUUGAUCUUUGCCAACAAACAAGAUAUCAAAGAAUGCAUGACAGUAGCAGAAAUCUCUCAGUACCUUAAAUUGACCUCAAUUAAAGAUCAUCAAUGGCAUAUCCAAGCGUGUUGUGCUCUGACAGGUGAAGGAUUAUGUCAAGGAUUAGAAUGGAUGACAUCGCGACUUAAAGUCAGAUGACCUCCACAGGUCAGGGUGCAUGGACCAUUCAAAUCUGAACUGUAUAAUUCUUCCAGCGGUAACAGCUCCAUGCUUGCUGGAUUUACUGGUAUUUAUUUUUCAGACUGAAUAAAGUUUACUACUUUCGCACUUGCUGCAAGUACAUGUUUGGAAAGACUUUCCUUGAGGAUCAAGAUUGAGUUGAAGACUCUGACUUUGGUUGAUCAUUUGUAGCUUUUCUUUUGAAGAUGGCUGUGAUUAAUUGACUUUUUUUUUCCUUUGGAACCAGCACAUUCUGCUCGGGGUAGAGUUUUAUAGUAUUUGGUAAGUAUUUGGAGGGGGAGAAAAGUGAUUUGUAUUCCAUCAUUAUCAACAUAAUUGCUCUUUACUUCCUUUUUAUUUAAUAAAAAAUAAGCAACAGUGUUACACUAUUUACAGCAGAAAAUACCACAUUCUGGCUGAGCUACCGGUUACUGUUAUAGUCUGGUUACAGUUGAGAGGAAACUCAAAUAUUAUAGCCAUUUUUCUUAGUUUUUAGAUUGAACAGCAAGCUGUAUAUUUUAUAUAAAAUUGUCUAAUCUGCAAAAAAUCGCUUUUGCAUACAAGUUGCAUGCACAAGGUAGAUUGGUACUAAAAUUCACUAAAAAUAUAAUCAACAUUUUACCGGGAAACAGGUGGAAAAACAUUUGUUUUAAACCAUAUUCUGGCUUUUCCACUUAAACACUAAUGUCUCCACACAUUCUUUCUUAUGGACGAUUUGGAAAGGUGUUUUAAAAUAAUUGCAGGGCUUCUUUAUUGUGAAUAUUAACAUUUAGCACAAUGGGACUGGUUGAUUCAGCAACCACUGAAAAAUACUGCCAACUUUUCGAUCUCCUUCUGAUGUACUACCAUCAGAAAAUAUUUGUGUUUAAGGAUUUGGAAUAAAAAUCUCUUCCUUUUAAUCUGAUGGGUUUGAAAUUAUUUUCCAGAUUUGGGCUAGGUAAGGAAUGUCAUCAUACAGUGAGGUUAUUUAGAAUAUUGCUUUAGUAUGCUUUCAACACUGCAUUAUUUGAACUUUCAACAAAUUAUUUAAACAACAUCCAUUUGCAGACCAUAUGGGUCCUAAUUUUAAUUAACUGCAGAAUGGUUAUUUAAGUUUUGUCAUAUCAGACUGAGAUGUAACAACUGUGGGAGAUUUAAGGAUUAAAGUUCACUGCCUGUACAGACUGGGAUUUUUGGGCAAUGUGAUCCAGUGUGAAGGCGUACUUCAAGAUUAUGAAUCGUACCGAAGUCUAUCAUUUGAAAUUACUUGCAACACCAAUCAAUGUAUUUUUAGAUGGAUUUUUCUUAAGAACACUGUGAUGCAUUCUUAUUGAGUGAAAGCUAUUGUAUUAAGCUCAAUGGGGGGAAAAUGUAAUUUCUGAUGUAUAUAAUUGUGUGCAUCACUCAAACAUCUGUAUUUCUUUCUGCAAACAACUCCAGGGAAGCUGAUGUGUAAUUGCCAUUAUUUUUGAAAAAAAUACUGCUUGUGCAAAUAUUCUAUUUCAGCAGAGGAACGAAUGGAAAAUGCAAGAAGCAACAUAUGCAUUUCAAUAUCAAUGACUGUACAAGAAGUUUAUUUAUUUUUCCCAGCACAUCAAUGCACAUUUCAUUAAAUGAAAAAUGUUUUAGACUGGUAAAUUGAUACAUUGUGAAAUGACCAGCUUUCUUUUGCUUCCUGUAAAUGGCAGAAUUAUGAUUUAUAGCAUAUCUCUUCUAGUUUGUUUAUGCAAGAUGAAACAUUUUAAGUUUGGAACAAUACACAUUAUCAAAUAAAUUAUGUAUAUUGUGAAUUUUAUUGUCUGAAAGCAAUCUAUGAGUAAACUUGGUUUUCAGUCA